AUGUUCGCAAGGAUUAAUUACACUUCCACCAAACAUGUCAACUCUAGGCUUUCCAAUCCUACUUACAGCGUGCACAAAGUCAAGUCGAUUCGAGAGACCUUCAUCGCCAAGCUGAUUGAAGUCAUGGAGGACAAUCUCGAGCGAAAUGAAGAGGAACCUCCAGCUUUCAAAGAGGGAGGAAUCGACCUGCCGAAGAUUCCGGAAGAAGAGGGAAUCGAUGAUUCUGGCAUUUCCGACAGCUUUUCAAACCCUGACGAAUCGACCCUACUCGAGAGUCUCCAAGCUCCCCAGGAAACCCCUGCUUUGACGCUCGAAGAAGAACUGCUGAAGCACGACUUUCCUCUGAACUCCUCCUGGGACGUCUACACCACUCGACCCGAAGCGACUGAAUGGGCGGACAAGCUCGUCAAAAUUGCAAGCUUCAAUUCCGUCGCGCAAUUUUGGGCGAUUUACCAACAUUUGAAGCUGCCGAGCUACUUGAGAUAUCAUCACGAUUACUACGUUUUCAGAAGCGGGAUCGAGCCUCAAUGGGAAACGGAAGACAACAUCGAGGGCGGGAGAUUCGUCGUCGAAAUAACGAAAAAAGACAGAAACUCAUUCUUGAACUCGACCUGGCUCGAGACGUUGCUAAUCCUGGUGAACGAAGAAUUCGCUGACCACGAGAAUAUCAACGGCUGCGUCGUGCAGAAUCGCAGAAAAGCUGAUAAGAUCAGCAUAUGGACACGUGACUCGCGAAGCGCAGGAAACGCUCAAACCGGCGCCGAUUUCGCCGAAGCCCUCGACAACCGCUUCAAAGUCAACUUCCAGAGCCACAAGGACAACGCCCGACGAUCGUCAAUGACGAAAAAGUCUUCCACCUCGCUGCUUGGCAAAUAA